ACGCGCAUACCAUCCCCUCAUAAUUCAUGUCACCAGAAAAUCCGUUACACCAUCCUGGAGAAGAGGCAGCAUCCCGUGCCAACAUACACGAGGGUCCAAAAUGGAGUAACGCCGAAGACAGUAUAAGACGGGCAUCCCACUGAAUGUAAUUCCAAAUUCAAACUGACAUUUUUCCGUCGCAGUUAAAAAUUCUGAGUUCCAGAAGCCGCGGGGAAGUGGCAAUCGUUGUUCCUGCUGUUGAGCUAGCUGCACAGAACAGGAAACUACAGUAAAGAAUGGAGCCAUCAGAGCAGUUGGGCCCAGACUCAGGUUCUCAGGAUGUCAACCCUGUGUUUCUGCAGCAGCUCAGGGAGCUGGACAUCCCCGAGGAAGCAGCCAAACAGGCACUCCUGCAUACUCGGAACGUGUCUGCCGAGGAGGCGGCCAUGUACUACUUCAACAAGCUGGAGAAUGAGGAGGAGGGAGAUGAUGAUCUCAUGUUCAAGAUGGUGUUUGUGGUGAACAUGGACCUUGCCAUGGGUGUUGGAAAGGUGGCAGCCCAGGUUGGUCAUGCUGCUGUGGGUUUGUACCAGGCUCUGCAGGAGAAGAACAGCUGGAGGGAGAUGGCCUGGAAGUGGGACCACAGUGGAGCUAAGAAGGUGGUGGUCCAGGGCACCAACGUGGCUCAUCUACUGGAGCUGCAGGCCCUGGCCAUGAGCCUCAGCCUGCCCACUUACCUGGUCCAGGAUGCAGGGCUUACCCAGGUGGAGGCCGGGUCCCGCACCGUCCUGGCCAUCAUGGGCGAGGAGGAGAUGGUGAACAAUGUCACUGGGAGUCUGAAGCUGCUCUGAGGGGAUCAAACCUACAGUGGGGAGGCAUGGCUCUGUGGUGCCAAAGUGCAACCAGCAGAGGGCAGCAUUUCCCAGCAGCAAGGAGAGUCUUGGCAUGCAAGAGAGUAACAACCUUUAAAAAAAAGACCUAAAGAAAGAGGGAAAACAAGACAUGUCCCAACACCAGAAAACCAACACUCUUGGCCAUUUGUUUCCCUUUCAUUCUUUGUCUAAGCCGCUUAGUCGGCCGUUGCGAGCAGGAGGGGAGAGAGACAGGUUCCUCACAGGGGAACAAGUCCAGGGCAGUUGUGUGUUUUGUUUUUUUGUUUUGUUUUUUUUUUUCUGGGAAACUUUUCUCUUUUUUAAACAGGCCACCAACUUAGCAGAGAGUCUUAUUAGAAUUUGAAUCAAUUUUCAAACACAUUUAGUCUGUUAUCCAGUUUCAGAUAUGGCUAAAUGAAGUAUUUUUGGUGGUUGACCAAUAUUGUAGUCAUGCUUAUUCCAGGGGUGGUGUACUGUAGACUAAUGCAUUAUGUAAUUAUAAUUAUACCCAUACGCAUAGAUGUAGUAUUUCCCAGUUGAAUUCACUACUCCCAAGUGAAGGGUAACUUAACUGAUGAUAUGUGAACACUCAUUUUUGACGUUUAAAUGAUUUUGUCUGUAUGCAACUACUCUCCCAAAGAUCCCUAUCCUAUAGACUCAAUAACAUUACUUAUUAUUGA